CGCGCUGCUUGAGUUUGCUUUGAUUUUGAAUUCAGGAAACUUGCUAACUACUUGUCUACUUGCACGAUGAGAAACGUUAAAUUAAGACAACAUUGCAGUAGUAGUAUUCUUAUUUAGAUCUUCGGUGUGGAUUUUAGUCUCAACAUCAGUUGUUUAGUUCAUGUUAAUUUGUGCGUCUAUGUUAAAUAUUUAUACAACUGGAUAAGCUGCAUAAACUUGCUUGCUACUUUGUAUCACGCUUCUAGCGAGCUGGCUACCUGACGGACGGACGAUUCGUACUCGGUCCUGCAGGUGCAGUUGCAUUGUGUCUUUGUAAGGACUGGAUGCCCUCACUGCCGUCUUGCUGUCAUGGCUGGCUGCAGUACUAUGAGUCUGGGGAUGGCUCAUAAUUCUCUGCUCGAUUCUUCAGUCUUUGACUCCAGAAUGGCCGACACAUCUCUGGAGCAUUCCUAUCUGAGUAUAACACCAGGGGACAUAGGCCUAGAUGGUGAUCUACCACAGGUCGAGACCCAAGUUGUGCUUGUUGGAGAUGCUGGAAAAAAUGAAGAGCUUGUGGAAGCAUUGCAGGCCAUCAAAGUAAUGGAGGUCCCAGGGAUGAUCGAAGGAAGAGCUUCAGGCAUCAUGUCCAAUCAAAAGUUGAUCGAAUCGAUAGUUAACAUGGACGUCAGUGUGCCCUGCAUGAAAACGGAAAAGGCGAGGGAGGUCGGGACGGUCUUCGUGCUGACGGACUUCGGGUCCCCCGAGUACGGCUACCUGUACGAGAAGGACAGCCGGAUCGUGGGCCCUCCGGUCGUCCUGCACUGCGCCAGGACGGAGGAGCCUCUUCCCUUCUCCUGGAGACCCCUGUACUCCAACACCAUGCGGGACCUCAAGCUGUGCUUCACCGGAUUCCGCAGGAAAGAGGAAGUCGUACAUUUGGUCAGUCUGGUCCACCAUAUGGGGGGAAUCAUCCGGAAGGACUUCAGCUCCAAAGUCACCCACGUCGUAGCGCGUUCCACCCACAGCGAGAAGUACAGGCUGGCGGUAUGCAUGGGCACUCCGAUCCUCACCCCGGACUGGAUCUAUAAAGCCUGGGGCCGGAGAGACGAUGUCGGUUUCGGUGCCGGGGAUGAGGAGUUCCGCAGUGAAUUCAAAAUCCCUCCUUUCCAAGACUGCACGCUCUGUUUCCUGGGCUUCCCUGAGGAAGAGAAGAGGAACAUGGAGGAGAGGACUCUAAUGCAUGGUGGCCAUUUUAUGGAAGUCGGGGAGGAAAAAUGUACUCAUCUGGUUGUGGAGGAGAACUCUGUGACAGAACUUCCUUCUUUGGCAUCAAAGAGAGUGUACAUUGUAAAGCAGGAGUGGUUCUGGGGCUGUAUACAGAUGGAUGCCAGAGCAGAGGAAUCGAUGUAUCUGUACGAAAAGCCGGGCAGCCCCAUCAUGCAGAAGUGCGCGUCCCUGCUGUCGCUCGACACGCCGCGCGGUCAUCACAAGAAGCGCCGCCUCCGCGACGCCUUGGCCCAGCUGACCAGGGAGACCGAGGCGUCCGCCUUCCCGCCCUGCAAGAGGCUCUCCUUGGAGCGCCCGGCGUCCGCUGGCUCCCUGCUGGACGUCUCCAACACCCCGGAGUCCGGCGGCGCCCCUAGAGUUUCUCCGGUGCCGCUUGGGGCCCCUGCAGAACAUUCCAGGCCUUCGAAAAACGGCGGCGCCCCCGCGAAAACGUCGGCGAGGUGGCAGGUCUCCAAGGAGCUGUACCAGACGGAGAGGAACUACGUGGACAUCCUCACCUCCAUCCUACAGCUGUUUAAGCUUCCGCUGGAGAAAGAAGGACAAGUCGGAGGCCCAAUUCUGGCCCAGGAAGAAAUCAAGACCAUUUUUGGUAGUAUCCCUGAUAUAUAUGACGUGCAUACAAGGAUAAAGGCAGAUCUGGAGAAUCUGCUCAUUGACUGGUCUGAAGAGAAAAGUGUUGGGGAUAUCAUUCUGAAAUAUUCCAAGGACUUGGCAAAGGCUUACCCACAGUUUAUCAACUUCUUCGAGAUGAGCAAAGAGACCAUUGUGAGAUGCGAGCGGUUGAAACCAAGGUUCCACGCUUUCCUGAAGAUCAACCAGGCGAAGCCGGAGUGUGGGCGACAGACGCUGGCGGAGCUGCUGAUUCGCCCGGUGCAGCGCUUGCCUAGCGUCGUGCUCCUGCUCAACGACAUAAAGAAGCACACUCCGGAGGACAACCCUGACAAGGUCACCUUGGAAAAAGCCGUCGAAUCGCUCAAGGAGGUCAUGACACACAUAAACGAGGACAAGAGGAAGACCGAAGGACAGAAGCAAAUCUUCGACGUGGUUUACGAAGUGGACGGCUGCCCGGCCAACCUCCUGUCCUCGCACCGCAGCCUGGUCGGCAGAGUGGACACGGUGGCCCUGGGGGACCGGCCCUGCGACCGAGGCGACCACGUGACCCUGUUCCUCUUCAGCGACUGCCUGGAGAUCGCCAGGAAGAGGCACAGGGGGAUCGGAACAUUCCGGGGCCCGUCGAGCCAGACGCACGCCCCCGCCCCGCUGAAACACGUGGCCCUCAUGCCCCUGUCCCAGAUUAGGAGGGUCCUGGACCUGCGGGAGACGGAAGAGUGUCAGAACGCCUUCGCCCUGCUGGUCCACCUGCCCACGGAGCAGGACCACCAGCUCUUCAGCUUCCAGCUGGCGGCCGCGGACGCCGCGAAGGCCCCCUGGCUGCGGACGCUGUGCCGGCAGGUGGCCAACACCAUCUGCAGGGCCGACGCGGACGUGCUGAUUCGCUGCGCCGACCCCGACUCCCUCCAGGUGAGCACCAAGGACAUGGACAGCACGCUGAGCCGGGCGUCCCGGGCCAUCAAGAAGACGUCCAAGAAGGUCACCAAAGCGCUCUCCUUGAACAAAAUGCCCAAACGGGAGCUCCAGAGGGCCCUCACGGCCAGCGGAUGUGCGGGCGGCCACGAGAGGAGGAACGAGAUUUCUGACCUCCAUUCUCCAUCAAUGGUGGACCUUCCUUCAGUGUUUGAGAGGAAAUACUUAAGUUACAGUCGCUCUACGAGUCACCUUUUAUGAUACUAUGUGAAACAUGGAAAUUUAAAUAGGUUUUAUAUGUUUACGGUAUAUUAUGCAAUUUAAUAAUCAACUGUGGUACAGAAGAUAGCGUCUUGUAGGUGUCGGAAGUUGUUGGCCGGCAAGCCAACACCAUUCCUUAACGUGAAACACAGUCCUGUGUUUUGAAGUCUUGUGUUCAGUGUUCCACUGUUGCUUUCCACAUGAAUUUUGUGUUCAUCACAAUCAACUGACUGCUUUAGUCUUUGAAUUGUUUUGUCUUUUGAUAGCUGUAGCAUAUUAUAUUUUCCUCAAGCUAACCCUUUUAACAAUAAUAUUGAAUAUUGAACUUUAUUGGGAAUAAGCCUGCUAGUAUCAAUGUCUUUGUUCUUUUAUUGCCAAAAGGUGAGGUAAGCAGUAUUUAUUUAAAAAUAUAUCUUUUAAUAUAUUAAUUUCUCUUUUAUACGUUAUCAUUUUUAACCAAUGUGCAAUACCUGUUACUGUCUUAGGGAGAUUGUCAGUCCAAUGUGAUGCCCCACAUCUGUGUACACAAGGAAACGCCUUGCUUUGCAUGUUACAUGAAACUCUACUACUGUCAGGAGUUAAAAAAAUAAGCUCCAAAAUGUCAUUUAAAAUGAAUCCUUUUUUUUUUCUGUUGUGGAAAUUUAAUUACAGCUGAAACAUAUUUUACUCUUUUUGAAUAAAAGAAUUAGUGGUUUGUCUUUUCA